AUGGCCGCAGGAAAAAUCGUUCUCAAUAGUGACAGCGUCUCACUCAAGAAAUUCGACGAUGCAUUCUCUGAUCCGGGACGCCGCGCAACCAUCAAGGAGCUCGAAUUUAACAUUCUUCUACCCCCCAUAACCGACAAGCGCAUUAAGAAAUUCCAGAGCACAAAAGAGGCCGCCGCAAACAGUGCCGCCAUCACCAACGCAUUGCUGGCCCUGUUCUCCAGACUCAGCACCUGGGAAGUCAGUGGCGGCAUCAAGCUGGUCUGCGAUUUCAAGCCGGUCUCCAUACCGUAUAUCGAGGACCCUUGGUGUGAUUGGCACCACAGUGGCCCGCCCAUCUCGACGAUCCGAAAUGCCCUCAAGUAUCUCACGCUCCAGGAAGCAGCGCUCAAUAACGUCGAGGACCUCUCUAUAACCCUUGAAGACGCUGCGCCUUACGACCAGAGGCUCCAGCCUGACGUCUUCAUCGGCCCUGACGGAUGGGAUGAUUUGAGCCUCGCUGUGCGACGCCUUCUCCGCCUCCCCAAGCUUCGAAAGGCCCUCUUCGGGGGCGAAUGGAGCCUAGCGCCUCACGUCUUUCAUACCGACACUUCCUUCGGGCCGUGCCUGGAGCAUCUGAGACUCUUCAUUGCCCCUGUCACCCCGGACGGAAAAUGGCUCAUCACGGGCGAUGAAGAGAACGCGAUCCUGGGCAGAGAUAGCCAGUCUUCCGAUGAGUCGUCCGAUGAGUCGUCCGAUGAGACGCCCGAUAAGACGCCCGCGGAGCUUGAUUCGGAGGACUCGGACGCGACUGACUAUGUCCCGGACUCGUGGGAGCGAGAGAGCGGAUACAAGCCCAAUUACUCCUUCCGGCGGACGUUCGACAGCACGACGUUCGACCCGCUCCUCGAGGCCCUGGCGCAUGGGGUGCGUAAGAUGCCUGCCCUUCGUCGUCUGGAUCUGGAGGUGAGCAACGACGACAUGGAUCUCAGACUGGAUUACUUCGCUGCCGGGGCCAAGAAUGAGCCACUUCGCAGAAACGCCCGGUUUUUACCGAAGAUACUUGGGCAUGAGGGUAGUUUUGACGUUGAAAAUGAGCAUCGUCCACGGUGGAUGAUGAACGCCGACGAGACUUUUGAUUGGAGUUGGACGCCUAGCACGAGGGUGAUUGGGGCGAUGGAGGCUGGCGGUGGAAGGGUUGCGCUUACGGGAUCUGGCCGGAAGACUAAGAAGUUUUCUUGCGGAGACGGUCAGAGUAUGAUGGAGAUUGAGGCGGAGUUAGGGGGCUUGAUGUAA